AUGCCCCCGAAAUGCCCAACUUGGGAUCCAAUCACGAGCGGCCGGAAGUUGCCAAAGGGGAUAGGCUCGGAGGGUGCUAUCGCAAGGCCGCCACCCACUCUGACACAUACUCAGACGACCCAUGAUGGACUGGCGGACGGUGCUGUAGGUGGCCCUGUCGCGGCGGACGGGGCGCCUAUCAGAAAACGGGGAUUGGCAGUGGUGGAGACGGCAGCUACCAAACGAAAAACAGACGCUGAAACCGCGACAGGAUUGGACAUCAGACAAACGCCUUGGGGAUGUCGCCAAUCACGAGGGAACAACGAACCGCAUACGGGCAUGGAGAGAAGGAGGGGAGCCACUGAGGGGCAAAUCUGCUUGACCGAUGGGGGGGUUUUGUUCCUGCUUCGGGCACAUUUGCUGCUGUUAGUCGUCGGCCGGUGCGAUCUGACCGCCAGAUGUUCCUCCAGUCCGGCGAUGCUGCGGCGUGGAUCAUUCCCUCCCGGCACGACAAAAAGAAAGGGUGAUAUCCGUUUCUCGCCGGAAGUGGAUGGGAUGGCUCAUCAGCCAACAGCAUCAUCGGUUGGGCGAUCCACUUGCUGCGAUGGCUGCAUGCCACGUCGAACAGGAGACUCCGUCCCCAGCCACCGGGACCACCCGAUUGACCUGCCCAUCAAUACUGUUGCUAGUGCUACUUUGGGAGCGAGCAAAGACUCCCCUGACAAAUUCCAAGAGCUCAAAGGUGUGAGUCAGCGAUAG